AGAUCUGCUGCCGUGUUCCUCUGUUCUGCUGCCGUGUUCCUCUGUUAGUGCAGGUUCUACUGCUCAUCUGCUGAAACACUGACAAUCUGGGUAAAUCUGUGAACGUUUGAGUAAAUUAGAAGCUGAUGGAUCGGUGAAAGUUUGGGUGAAUCGGUGAAUGUUUGGGGGAAUCGGUGAAAGUUUGGGUGAAUCGGUGAAAGUUUGGGUGAAUCGGUGAAAGUUUGGGUGAAUCGGUGAAUGUUUGGGUGAAUCGGUGAGGGGUUGAGGGUAAUUUUGGGGUGUGAUGGAGCUGAGGGGGUUGGUGUGGGUGCUGAGGGUACUCAGUGCGCUCUCCGUGUGCACGUCCAGUCCAGUACAGGAACUGAUUAUCGAUCGAUACUCCCUACCGACCCACUGUGGCCGUGAGGUUCAGACAGGUGAUUAUGUUCGGUACCAUUACACCGGGGCAUUCCCAGAUGGAACCAUUUUCGACUCCAGUGUGAAGAAGGGCGUGGCGUUUGUGGGACUGGUGGGUGUGGAGAGUAAGGUAAUCCCAGGUUUGGACAGAGGGGUGCUGGGAAUGUGUGUGAAUGAGAGGAGGAAGAUCACCAUCCCUCCUCACCUCGGAUACGGAAUUUCGGGAGCUGGUACGGUGAUCCCUCCGGAUGCGACUCUGGUGUUUGACCUGGUUUUAUUGGAUGUGUGGAACAAGGACGAUGAGGUGGACGUCCGUUCUCUGUUUAAGCCGGCGGUGUGUCGGCGAUCGGUGCAGCGUGCGGAUUUUGUUCGUUAUCUGUAUAACGGCUCUCUCAUUAACGGCACACAGUUCGAGUUCAGGUACGGCAGGAACGUAACAUACGACACCUACGUUAAUGAAGAUCACCUGAUCAGCGGCAUGGUAAAGGGACUGAUGGGAAUGUGCGUGAAGGAGAGACGCUCCAUCAUCAUACCACCAUUUUUAGCCUAUGGAGAGAAAGGACAUGGUGUGAAGGUUCCCCCGUUUGCCACAGUGCUGUUCGAUGUGCUGCUGGUUGACGUGUUUAAUGUGAAGGAUGAUGUUGAGGUGGAGGUUCUACACGUUCCUCAGCCCUGCAGGAGAAGGUCACAGAGAGGAGAUUUUAUUCGGUACCAUUACAACGGAACCUUUCAGGAUGGAACACAGUUUGACUCCAGCUACCAGCGUAACAGUACAUACAACACCUACAUCGGUGUGGGUCAUGUGAUCAGCGGGGUGGAUAAAGCUCUGCAGGGGGUUUGUAUCGGUGAGAAGAGACGAGUGAUCGUACCUCCACAUUUAGCCUACGGAGAAACUGGAUCAGGUGAUCUGAUCCCUGGUUCGGCCGUGCUGAUCUUUUAUCUUCACAUCAUCGACUUCCACAAUCCCACUGAUGAGGUGCAGAUUCAGGUUACCCACAAACCCCUGCACUGUAAUCACACCAGCAGCACUGACGACCUUGUUAUCUACCACUACAACUGCUCCCUACUGGACGGAACCCGACUCUACUCAUCUAGUGACCAGGGUCACGCCGCCCGUGCCAUGCUGGGUCAGUCAGAAGUGAUUGUUGGUUUGGAUGAGGGGUUAAAGGGCAUGUGUGUGGGGGAGAAGAGGGAGGUGAUUGUACCGCCACACUUUGGACAUGGACACAGCGGAGGUUCUUUAGUACCAGCUGAUGCAGUUCUGCUGUUUCAGCUGGAGUUGGUGGAACUACAUGAAGGAGUUCCUCCUGGGUUCCUGUUUGUGUGGUUGGAUGAGAUUCCUAAUCCUGUCUUCAGUUACAUGGACCUGAACCACGAUGAAGAAGUUCCAGUAGACGAGUUUAAUGAGUUUAUCAGGCUUCAGGUGUCGGAGGGUCGAGGUCGGCUCCACCCCAACAUGGACGCCGACGCCAUUAUCAGACAAAUGUUCACCAAUCAGGACCAGAACAGAGACGGCAAGAUCACGGCGGAUGAGCUCAGUCUGCAGAGCGACGAGACGCCUGAACACGACGAACUGUGAGAGACGCGCGUCUGAUUUUAUUACCGACUGAUAAACUUCGCAUGUAAUCAGGAGGAGCUUUGAUCGAAUCCCUCACCUGCUUCCAGAAUAAAGUGACCAUCAGGAUGUAUGAUCAUGACCUUUAGGUUCCUCUCACACACAUGACGUCAGACGGCAGCAUGUUAAUAAUAAUAACGGUGAUGAAUCGCUCGGUUUUAUUCAUGUUUAUUCAUAGAAAUCUUUUCCUUUGGUGCUUUUGAUUGUGUUGUGGAUUAAUGUUGAAUUGUUAUAAAAACAUUUUUACGAUCAGUCUGCUCUUAAUCACCCAGAAUGA